AUGAACCUUGAAGCACGAGUGAUGGAGAUGGAGGAAAUUAUAAGAAAACAGGAUAAGGAGCUUAGACGUAUGUCGGAGUUGAUGACCAGCAACAUGCGCACCUCUCGAGGGGAGCUUCCCUCAGUUGAGGACUUGAGAGCCCAGGUUCAAGUCUUGAAGGGCGAAUUGUCGAGUGCUAAGGUUAGAGCGGACGAUGCCGAGGAGAGAGCUGGUCAAUGGGCACUCUUAGAGAAGUCCAUAAGCAGAGUUCUCGCAAGACUUACUGCCUGUGUCGGUGGGGGUCUGGUUGCGAUUACACCGCGGAAGCAGCAGCGUCAUCAGGGAGAACUCGAGUAA